UUUUGUUUGAAGUGAAUUGCUGCAGCUCGCUGGCGGAUGGAACUGCCCAUUAAAAACCUACUAGCUAAAUGCAUUAGCUAUCUCAAAUCUAUUAUUUUGUUUGUCUCGAUGCAUCAGUGGAAAAAUGUUGGGUCAUCACUAUCCAAACGUGGAAAAGUCGCAACUGGUCACCUAUGUGGAGGAUUAUUUGGAAUGUGUUGAGUCCCUGCCUUUGGAUAUACAAAGAAACGUCUCUCUGCUACGAGAAAUUGACUCAAAGUAUCAAGAGGUCCUGAAGGAGGUCGACGAUGUCUACGAACGCUACAAGGUGGAGCAGGACGUGGCUCAGCGCAGGCGUCUCCAGCUCCAGCUCCAGCGGGCCCUCAUCAGCAGCCAGGAGCUCGGCGACGAAAAGAUCCACGUGGUCACCCAGAUGACGGAGCUGGUGGAGAACCGGUCCCGUCAGAUGGACACGCACUCCCUCCGCCUUCAGGAGCCCGCCGAGCCCGCCGAACGGGAGCGCCUCGUUGCCGAGCGGCGCUCCGGCUCCAUUCAGGAGCCGGUGGCGCCCGUGCCUGCCGAACGCUCCUCCGCCCGCCGGCCGAGACGCCAGCGCAACAGUGAGAGCCGCGAUUCCAACCACGCCUCUGGGAACGGCGCGGCGCUGGACGACCCGGUGGAAGAGCUGCCCCCGCAGCCUCGGGAGAAGAGGUCCAAGUCGGCCAAGAAGAAGAAGCGCAAGGCCAAGCAGGAGCGCGACGCCUCGCCCGUGGAGUUCCCCAUCGACCCCAACGAGCCCACUUACUGCCUGUGUGAGCAGGUGUCCUAUGGCGAGAUGAUCGGCUGUGACAACGACGCGUGCCCCAUCGAGUGGUUCCACUUCUCCUGCGUCGGGCUCACCUACAAGCCAAAGGGCAAGUGGUUCUGUCCCAAAUGCAGGGGGGACAGCGAAAAGACAAUGGACAAAAGCCUGGACAAGAACAAAAAAGAUCGGAGGUCCAGGUAGUAGAGGCCAGGAUCGGCCGUCCCUCUUCUGCCCCAGGGACGUGGCUGCACGAAGGGUCGGCCAAAAGUGUGUCAUUCAAGUGUUGUCAAGUUGGGAGAGCACAAUCAGCAGAACACUAUCUCCACUAGCGCUUACAGUAAGUAAAGGACCUGACCAAUACUGAACUGGUGCUGUUAAAACCCUGGCGGCCCGUGCUAUGCUGGGAGGCCAGCUGUUUACUGCAAGAACCCUCAGCCUAAAGCUGCCAUCGUCGGUCACCGCCGGGUGCUGCUCGUACACGCGGUUGAACGGAAUUUGAGCAACUCAAAAAGCAUAUUUUGGCUUACGGGCCCGUGUAGAAGUCUGGAUUUAGCAUAGGCCAGAUGUAUCUGAAUGACGUCUGCUGUUCUCUUUGUGGACAGUGAAUAUAUAGUUUACGCCCUCCUCCUUUUUUCCCCCUUUUUCUUUCAGUCGAGCUUAAUUUCCUCUGUGGUUUAAAAUAAAUCUGUUCCAAACGAA